UCGCCAGUAGCGUUCCAACCAUUAAUGGUGUUUGAUCGUGUCGUCGCUUGUUCGAAUAUCGCCGUAACUUUCAACGACAUUCUACCACUUGUUCGAGCGAAAUUUCGCUCACGGAACUGCGAGCGUCGGGACUACAUAGCGACGUGCUGCUGCUCGUCGAUUGUAACGUCCAAGUUACAUCCGAAAUUUCAUAUUGGAGUAGCGAGUGAGUGGCAGUGUUACUUUGUUUUUAGGCCCGCUCGUGUCCCGCUUCGCGGAAGUCCCGCUCCCUUUCCGGACUAUCGAUCGCCGCGAGCCGUUUUCGCGCGCAAUUUCGCGAGCAACAAGCACGGGGAGAAAGAACGGAGUCGCGGUAAUUGAGUCGGCGGAGCACGUGCGGGCGUGCUACCCAUCACGGAAACCCGGGCGAUUCUAAUACACCGCCGCUAAAUAUAGCCACUGGUGUGGAGGAGUGUGACGGCGCGUGCUUUUUCGGCGGUGUCCACGUAGAAGACGUCUACGCCUAACCGUUCCCGAAGCGACGCGCGGUCAACGUGCGUCACACAGCACGCGGAGAGAAGGUCGGAAAAAGCGGGAGGCACGUCCAUCGUGACGACGGCGCGUCGACUUCGAACUUUGUGAGGAGCUGGCGGAAUGACGCAACACCGUCGGGGCCAAUAGUCGCGACGGAAUCGAUCGAAUACACCGAAAAGCGGCGAGCGAACGAGCCUCAGUCGCGAAUCGGGCCCCUCUCCAGGUCGUCGACGUGACAACGUCGUGGCACGUCGUAUCGCAUCGUAUCGUUUCGCGCCAGCGGCGAAGUUCAAAUAGCAGGGCAGCUAGUUGUGGUCCUGGUCCUUCCACGGCCUUUCACAUCGGCCGAAUCGUCCGACCUUCGUUCUCACGCUGAUAUAAACGCGGCAACGAGUGUUCCCGGCGAGCGGUGAGGAUGGCUCUCUUCCGGAAAUUCAACGAGAAAAUCCCACGAAGGGGGAUUCUCGGGGCGAUGAUGUUCCUGGCCUGCAUGUUCUCGUAUGUCAUCCGCACCAAUCUAUCGAUAACCAUCGUGGCCAUGGUGAACGCCACCAGCAAAGGCGGUAGUACUGGACCCGCAUGCGUCGUGGCCGAUUUGAAAAGCAACAAGUCCGUCGAGCUUAAAGACUUUGGCGAACGAUUCGAGUGGAACCAGCAUAUCCAAGGUCUGGUGCUAUCAGGAUACUUCUACGGUGUGCUGCCGGCUAGCGUACCAGCCGGGCUUCUAGCAGAGAAAUACGGAGGCUCCAAAGUAGUGGCAUUCGCUACAUUAAUACCCGCGGUAUUGAAUUUACUGAUGCCAUGGGCUGCCAGUGUCCACUAUGGUUUCGUCUUCGCACUUCGCUUUGUAAUGGGAUUCUUUGGGGGCGCUGUUUAUCCCGCUCUACACGCAAUGAUCGCUAGAUGGGUGCCGCCUGGUGAGAAGGGCAUGUUUGUGUGGACCAUGCAAGGUGGUCCAUUUGGAACUGUCGUGACAUUCGCUUUAUGCGGGGCGGUGAUCAGCGCUUACGGGUGGAAAGCUGCGUUCUACGUUACAAGCGGUCUCAUGUUAGUCUUCUACGUUUUAUGGUUGUUCUUGAUAUACGAUACACCGGAUCUACAUCCGGGAAUCACAGAGAAGGAGAAAACGUACAUAAAAGAACAAAUUGGUACUACCGUUUCCAAGCAAAAGGUUCAACUGCCGGUGAAGGCAGUCGCUACGUCUGCGCCGUUCUUGGCUCUACUGUGGGCCCACUUCGCCAAUAUGUGGGGUAUCUACUUCAUCGCUACUAACGGACCCAAGUACACAUUGGAAGUCCUCGGCUUCAACAUGAAAUCGGGUGGUGCGAUAACUGGGUUACCUUACAUAGCUAGACUUGGCGCUGGAGUGUUAUUCGCAGCCGCAGGGGAUUAUGUACGAAGAAAGGCCGUUUUGUCUCUGUCUUUGAUCAGAAAAAUAUUUAUGCUUUUCUCUCACAUGGGACCAGCGGUUUGCCUGGUAGUGAUGACAUAUGUGGGUUGCGAUUCCACAACUGCAAUAAUAAUGUUAAUAUUGGCACUGGCCUUCAAUGGGGCUGCGUGUCAGACCAGCUUACAAAAUCACCAAGACUUGGCACCGAACUACGCCGGUUCUUUAUAUGGAAUUAUGAACACCUUUGGUAGUUUCCCUGGAUUUAUUAUUCCACCAAUUAUCGGCGCUCUGACCAACGAAAGGAAUGGCGUCGAGGAAUGGCGUAUAAUGUUUUGGAUAUCGGCGGUGGUGUUUAUAUCAGCAACGGUACUCUUCUGGUUGUUCGGAUCGGCAGAAAUCCAAUCGUGGAACGAUUCGACUCAUAUCAAAGUGCCCACCAUCUCCGAUGAGGAGAGGCGGAUAAACGAGACGACGACGAAAGACACGCUCGCCGAAGAAACUGAAGAAAAUGAACGUCUCUAGUGAUUUAGAAAAUGAAAUGAAGAAGAGAUGCAUAUGCGUGUGUAUGCCCACGUCUGUAUAAAUUAGUCUAAUAUCAGUAGGAGCGCGUCUGAAGUUGUUACAAAUCUUGACCUCGCUGACAUAUAGAACGUCACAAUAAUAUUUUAUAUACGAUUGCGACCAAUAUUUGUACAACUUCUGAUUGUUAUCUGUUUAGUCAUGGACGCGAGGCCCCAGAUUAAAAACUCAACUCAGAUAAAAAUAUUCGGUUUAAAAAUUAGAAACAGGAGGAUAGACGGAAUACAUUUAGAAUACUUAUACUCCGAUUAAGGGAUUAGACUACUGUGACGCAAAAAAAAAUAUAUUGAUAUUUUAUAAUUUAUACAUAGAUUAUACAAAAAUUACAUAAAAGUUUUGAGAAAUAAGAUCAGAUUUAGGAAUUCAUUAAUUUUAUUUUUGUUAUGUUUUUGCUAUGUCGAUAGUAUAUUUCAAGCAUCGACUUAGAAUUGCAGGACAAUACCCACGAAAUAUAGUAUUUGUAGAAAAAGCAAAGAAGAAAAAGAACAAAAAAAACGAACUUUCAAAUAGUUACAGUGGUCUAAUCCGUCAACGAAUACACGUAGAGUAUCACAACGGAUCUUUUAUCUGAUCCAAUCCACAAUUUUAGACUCAGAAUUAUUUUUUCACGUUCUUUUUUUACUGUUACUGCGUAAGACUGUAGAACGCUACCGUGGAUUAUACACUCAUGAUUUUCACGCGUUUAUAUAUUCGUCUCAAAUACUUAAGUAUUUAUAUGACCGAUAUUACACCAUCAUUCAUGCAAUCACGCUUGGAAACAUCAUGGUCGUGUCGUCGAAUGGCUGAAUAAAAGUUCUACAGACGUGGCGUUCGAACGAUGCCAUGUAUGAAAACAGAAGAAUACUCUGUAGUGCAUUUUUGAUUUCGUGCCAAAGUACGUGUAGUCGCACUCUCUCGUUGAAGCUCGACGAAACUGUCGAAGCGUCUUAGAUCGUGGAAUCCUGGCAAUGUAUCUGGGCCAGUAAGCGGCCGAGGUUAGCCGAUGUUAUAAAUAUUUCACACUAGGUACGUUAAAGCGUUACAGAGACCUCUCGUUAUACGCGAUCGCGCCCGAUGCGGCUUCCUUGCGGAGUGAUUUCGUAAGUGCGAUUAAUAUUCGCAAUAAUUUAUGCACGCUUAAGUCUCGUGUCGGUGCGCGGUCAACGGCCUCGAUUCUCCUGCAGGUCGUAGUAUCUCAGAGGGCAAUUCGAGUAGCUCGAUUUUUACGUAAUAGUUAUUUGGACGUAAUCGCGUGUAACGAGGAAUCCUUGUAUAAUCUUCCUGUCGUUUACGAGCGCUCAAAUUAUAGAAUUUCAUUGUUAUAAUAAGAUUAACUCGUCCCUAAUCUCUCUAUUCAUCCUUUUCUGUUCAUGAAAACGGGCAAUUUGCUCUAUCUAGCAUUUGUGAGAGAUUGCUAGUUGUAAUUCUCAGAUAUCAAUCGCUCGCAUCUGGUCGAUGCGAGCGAGAAGGAUAUUACGCUCGUAAAUAAGGAAAGAUGAAACAUAUUACGUUUGUAGAUCGUGACGAGGAUUACUCGCACGUUAGUGACUGUUAUACGCGUGUUCACCGUAGUGAAUUGACAAACGAUCGAUGUAUUGUUCCUAAAAAGAAUCGAUAAAUGUUCAAAUUGUAUUUCCGGCACAUCAUCUGCCGUUCUAUCAGUGGUAACGUUACUGUGCUAAAACUUAUAUGGAAAAUUUGUCUGAAACGGAUAUUCAGCAAUAAUUGUUACUCGUGUUAAUUGUAAAAAAAAAAGAAAUAAUAACAAUGACACGAGUCGCUAUUGCGAAGCGACGACACACUGGUGAUAGUGGUCGUAUGCGCGUGUCUCA